UUUAAGCUUUUGGACAUUUGGUUCUGAGCUUGAGAGACAGACAUCCAACCUUCAUCUUCCUACUACUAUUACACUUGCUGUUUCUCUACUCUUCAAAAACCACCAUUCUCACUCACAACCAUUCAUUCUUUCCUCUAAAAUCUCUGUGAUUGCUUUUUCUACCCUAAUCUGAACCCCCUUCCAAAACCACUUUCACUUCCACCAGAGAUUGCUUUUUCAUUUUCACCUGUGUUUUUAAUCAAUCACCCCUCCAAAAAGGCUGCAUUUGUUUGUGUUUCUUGAUUUUUCUGUGCUCUCAGCUUAUUUUCCCACACCAAUAAAGAAAUCAAAGGAGAUAUAUUUAAAAAAAGGAGAAUUUUUUGGAGGUUUGCAGUUGAUUGAUAGAGAUUUAUUUACUUGGCGUUCUUGCAUUUUCAUUCUUCGACACAUGCCUGCGGAAAUGUUUGAUUCAAUGAUGAAGAAAACCCUCAAAAAUCUUUGCUCUAGUUAUGGAUGGUGUUAUGGAGUUUUCUGGGGUUUUGAUCAGACAAAUUCAUUACUAUUGACAUUGAAAGAUUGCUACUAUGAAGAACAAAUUGGAGCGCUGAUUGAAUCUAUGCUUAUGCAAGCACAUGUGGUUGGAGGAGGGGUAAUUGGCCAAACUGCAUUUGCCAAAAACCAUCUAUGGUUGGAUUUAGAUGCUUUUUAUGAAGGGAGAAAUUGUGCAGUAUCAUUUGAUAGUCUUAACAAUUUCCAGGAUGAUUCUGAGUUCUUUUGCCAAUUCUCUAUGGGGAUAAAGACUAUUGCUGUAAUCUCAGUGGAAACGUGGGGAGUUGUGGAGCUUGGAUCAACUCACAAGAAUCCUGAGAUUAAAGAGUUUGUGGAUCAAGUGCAGCAAGUUUUCAGAGAAAUGGAUGGGAUUGAAGCUUUAAGAAAUGAGACUCAUUCAGAUAGCCAUUUCUUUGAUUCUUGUUCUUUGCAUCCUGAUUCAUCGUUUUCGAGUGGCAUUUUCCAUUCUGAGAAUUUGAUGGGAGCAGAUCUGCUAUUCGAUUCUACCAAUUUCCUUGAUUGUGCUGCUUAUGAUGAUUGUUCAAUGCUGACCUCUUCUUGGCCUCAUCCAUCGCCCUUGUCCGAGCCAAGAGACGAACAAUCUUGCAAAGAUUCAAGCUCGAACGCGCCUCUUAUCCUUCCAAAAGACAUUUCCAACGCUCAAGAUCUUAGUUCGUCUAUCAUAACUCCCACCGAGAAACUCUCUGGCUUACUAACUGUGGAGGAGUAUUAUGGCUUCUCACAGUCUGGUGGACUAAUGAAGGGGUCAAGUUCGAGUGGAACAACUACAACUUCUCUACCAGCCAAUUCAUUACAAAGUUCAGUGACUUAUGCCUUGAGAUCAAAUGAUGAUGCUAAGUGUUCAAUGAGGGUCGAACCUGUUGAGAAAAACCCGGUGGCGUGGACUGGAUCUGAAUGUAUCUCACAGAAUAAUGUUGGGAGCAAGUCCAACAGUUUGUUCUCCCAGUUAGGCCUUGACCAUCUUUUGGAUACUAGCAGCCCUUGUUCGUUUGAGGAUCAGCCAUUGUCAGCUGCUAAGAGAAGAAGAACCGGCAACUUCUCAUGGAGCCAAAGCCAAGUGAAACUUGAUGGGAUACUGAAGCCAUAUGACCCCGAGGCAAAGAAUAGUCAAGUUAGUAAGGAGCCGCGUUCAUGUGUUGAUGAUAGUUGUUCACUGGAUGCUAGUACUUCAAGGAGGCAUGAGGAACAGGUGAAAACCAAGAAGAAGAAGGCUAAACCGGGGAGCAAACCAAGGCCAAAAGAUCGACAGAUGAUCCAAGACCGGCUUGGAGAGUUGAGGGAGCUCAUUCCCAAUGGAGAGAAGAUGAGCAUUGAUCGUUUGUUGGAACGAACCAUCCGACACUUGAACUUCAUGCAGAGUCUCAGCAAGCAUGCUGAAAGUCUUAAAGAGAUUGCUAAGCCAAAGUCCAUGGAGGCCUGUCAAAAUCAGUCCAACAAUGGUGGUGAUGGUGGAGUUACGUGGGCGUAUGAAGUUGGCAAUGAUGCUAUGGUUUGUCCACUGAUAAUCGAGGACCUUAGCAAAUCCGGUCAGAUGCUUAUAGAGAUCCUCUGUGAAGAACAGGGCUUCUUCUUGGAGAUCGUACAGAUCAUUCGAGGUUUUGGGUUGACCAUCUUGAAGGGGGAGAUGGAAGCUCGUGAGACGAAGAAGAUAUGGGCUCAUUUCAUGGUGGAGGCUGAGGGGACGCGUUCUGUUACACGUCAUGAGAUGUUCUCGUCUCUCAUUCAUCUCUUGCAGAUGACGGGGCAGGGUGCAGCCAACGGGGGCGAGGGUUAUGGCAAUGUCGGUUUCAACAGCUUUCAACCUUCUACUUCAUUUCCUCUCAACUUUGGUGAUGCCCUUCAAUGUGCAAACUUGUGACAAUGUCUCAUUGAGUUUGAUGACUAAACUGAUACAAAGGCUCAUAGUCUUAGUCUCUUAGAUGAUGUGAGAAAUUGAGUGUUGGAGUAUAUAUUUAUAUAUUGAUAUAUAAUAAUUUUGUUUUCUUUCUGUGUAUGAAGGGGAAUUUGUUAAGAGGAGAAGAAUGCUUGUAUUCUCCAACUAAGGGUUCCCUUUUAGAUGUUUCUUGUGGGUAGUCUCAUUUAUUGAAGCUAACAAAUUUAGUGGUUGUUUAUAGCUUAA